GUCGCUCUCGGAAUUCCUCGAUCGAAAACUGCCGGAAUCUUUCGUACUGCAGAGGACGGUGAAGGGGAAGUCCACGCCCUUCUCCUCACUGCAGGGUCCAAGGGAUGCAAAUAGCUCCAUGAAUAAACCGACUGGAAUUCAUUAUGAGACGGAUUCCCAGACAGAAUCAGCUAUUUCAAAGGUGCUUUUUGAAGAGUUCAAGCGUUCUGAACCAAACCAAAGUCAAAGUUCAGUUUUAAGCGAUGCUAGUGGAGCAGAUAUCUUCAGUACAGAUGAUAUGCUAGAUUCGAGGAAAAGAAAGAUAUUAAGUGAAGGCUUUGCUUCCACUACCCCAUGUGAGAGCCAAGCGAGGAAGAAGAAUGUGGUAGUUCUUGGAGGCGACCCAAAACCCGAGAAAAAGAGGAGGGAGGCGGUUCAUGAUAUCAGAAACAAAAAACCAAAACCUCUCUACAAUCACUACGCAAGUGGCGGUGGGUGGUGGGACUGCGACAUGGAGGGUGUUGAUAGCGAAGAGGUUGGGCUUGGUGAAGUAUGGGAAGGAGUUGGGUCUACUACGCUUGGAGGAAUAGAAUGGCAUUGAGUUUCUUGGCUUGGCGCUUCACAUCCUCUUCACACUGUAAAUAUUCUCUUUUUUCUACACUAUUUUUUGUCAUUUUGCUUCUAAUCAUUGUCUUCUAGAACUGUUUUGUUGAUUUGUGUUGGAAUUUAUCAUUUUUCUUCUCGA